AUGUGGCAGCUACUGCCAGGUGCUGUGGUGCCAGCACUCAAGGAGCUGAGUGUAUGUGUGCUUUUACGCCGCAGCCAUGCAACAAGAUGGACAGGUUUUGUCUACAAAGCUCCAAGGGGCAGAAACAUAGAGCUGGGACUUGGGGGAGCAAGUGCAGACCUGUCAGUAUGGCUCUUUGGGGAAGUAUUUCCCAUGAAAACUGAACUGAAAUUGAAGGAAUGGCACUCCGUCUGUCUUACCUGGUCUGGUCAAGCCCAGAGACUACGGGUCUAUAUUAAUGGAAGCAUCAAGCUCGAGGCCGCUGUGAAUCCCAUCUUACCCAAGCAAUUGGCCCAAAACGGCACUCUUACUCUAGGUAUAUCUCACUAUGUUGAUGGAAAUGGUAUAGUGAAACGAGAGAAUGGGAAGGACCUGCUUGGUGACAUUGGUCUGUUCAGGAUGUGGUCUAGAGAAUGGAGCACCGAGGAGCUGGGGAGGCAGAGCUGUGCUGAUGGAGAUGUGUUGAGCUGGGACCUGCAGCAGUGGAAAUAUGACUGCCCUCCUAAGCCUGACAUCAGCUUCCAUUGUGCAUGGUCACUCUACAAAAUCAAAAUGUUGACAUCCAUUGUUCACUCCACUAAGCCUGGAAAUUGUUCAAUGUCACUGGAGAAAAUUACAAGAAACUGGCUGGAGAGCAUUUUCCCUCGCAACAUUUCUGUCCGUAACAUCUACGUGUCAUCCCAGAGCCACACCUGCUAUGUGGUUAAUAAUUCUGCUGCUCAACACGUGCAACAACCUCAGGUGAAAGAAAAGCUGGAAGUGAAUGGCACCAUUGUACUGAAUCUCAUCAUAACGGAGAAUCUUGGAAAUAAGUUAGAUAUUGAAACUGACACAACCAGCUGGGCUGAUCCUGAUAUGUCAAACUGCCACCCACUUGACGUGACCAUAUCAGACCUUGGCAAUAUCACUGUCACCACUGGUAACGCGGCUGAGAUAGUGCACAUGAUUGACAAACUUGUAGAUGAUCAGUUAGUUGACACUGACAAACUCUCAUCCUCCGAGCUGGAUAUAGUAGUGGAGAAGCUCAAUCAAGUGGUCGAUAUCAGCGUCAUUAAACCUGCUCUUGGUACCAAUAUUGUCAAUAUUGUUGCUGAUAUCCUGCUAUCCAAAACUGACGUCAAUCCAGUGGCUAACAUUGUCCUUAAUCUGACAGAUAGGAUGGGGAACAAUAUGAAAUUCCAAGGUGAAUCUGCAAGCUUGACAGCACCCUCACUGGCCCUAUCCAUGAUCAAUGUGGACCAAAGUGAAUUCAGUGGCCUCACAUUUGGUGUGUCCUCCAUUUCUUCAAACCUGAUCCCAAAGAUUUUUGUCAACCAGAGUUUUAUAAGUGGACCAAUCAAUGAAACAAAUGCAACUAUUUCUCUGCCGUCUACUCUCAACGAAUUCUUUCCAGAAGGAAACAAAACCCGUGUGCAGUUUCAGUUCUAUGGAACAGACGACCUUUUCCAGUUCUACCUGUUCAUGGCACAACUGUUUACCUUUCAACAGGACCCACUCGCAACCAAUGCAACACAUUGCAGCUUGACACUGAUUUCUUCUAUAGUGUCUGCCAGCAUCAAUGAUAGUUUUGUUAACAACCUGAAGGAUCCAGUGGUGGUGACUCUCAGACAUCGAAAGCUCAAACAGCCAGAUGACAAAGUCCAGUGUAUGUUUUGGGAUUUCCAGACCAAUGGUGGACAGGGUGGUUGGAACAGCAGAGGUUGUGAAACCCUGAGUAUUUCUUCCUGUCAAACCAGCUGUCGCUGUAAUCACCUCACACACUUCGCAGUGCUCCUGGAUGUGUCCAGAGACCCUAUCAGUGAGGUUGACAGUCAGAUUCUGACAGUAAUCUCUUAUCUUGGUUGUGGUAUAUCCUCCAUCUUUCUGGGCAUCACUCUUCUCACCUACCUGGCUUUUGAAAAGCUGCGGCAGGACUACCCAUCUAAAAUACUUAUCAACCUGUCAUUUGCUCUGCUGGGAAUGAGCAUGCUAUUCCUCCUAGACUCCUGGCUCUCAUCCUUCUCCAACUACGGUCUGUGCAUCGCCACUGCAGCAACACUCCACUACUUCCUGCUGGCCUCCUUCACCUGGAUGGGCCUGGAGGCCGUGCACAUGUAUCUUGCCUUAGUCAAGGUCUUCAACAUCUAUAUCCCCUCGUAUAUCCUAAAGUUCUGUGCUAUAGGAUGGGGUAUUCCUCUGGUCAUAGUCAGCCUGGUGCUGGCCAUAGAUAAAGAUGCCUAUGGCAGCAUUGUGCCUGAAGAGGCUUCAGUGGCGCUUAAGUCCACUGACGCAUUCUGCUGGCUGCAGAAUGACAUCUUCUUCUACGUGACGGUGGUGGCAUUUGUUCUUCUGAUCCUGUUAUGCAACCUCUCUGUGUUUAUUGUGGUGCUGAUCCAGAUCAGAAAGAUGCAGGCCAAUAAGCCAUCAGUAAACAGCCGCAGCUCUCUGAAUGACUUGAGGGCAGUGGCCAGUCUCACUGUCCUGUUAGGACUGACGUGGACACUGGCUUUUUUUUCAUUUGGGCCAGCCAGAGUGGUCCUGAUGUACCUGUUCUCCAUCUUGAACACAUUGCAGGGGUUCUUUGUUUUUUUGUUCCACUGUCUAAUGAAGGAGACUGUGAGGAAACAAUGGAGAAUCCACCUUUGCUGCGGACGUUCCAGACUCAGUGACUACUCAGACUGGAGCCACUCUGGGACUGGGGGUGGCCGCUGCAAAAAGAACAAUCUUGUUAACUCUGACUCAGUCGCUUCCACUAUCAGAAAGGUCUCUGACUCCUCUACAGGAUCCAGACCAAACCACCACUAGGGGGCAUGAGCAGGUCUCUUCAUCUGCCAUGCAAUAUGCUAUUCAUUGUCCUGACAACACUGAUAACAGUAAGGUUGAAAGAAGAAAUUGGAGCAGAGCACAUUAUAUAUACAUGUUUAUAAGCUUAAAAGACUUAAAAAUACCUUCAUAGUUUACAUUAAAAGAUAAAAUAUUCAUGCUCACUCUGGCUGCUUUCAUUGUUAAGUUGGAUAAAAAGCAUCUUUUCUGUUUGUUAAACUUUUGUUCAAAGCAAACCAGUUAACAUACAGUUGAAGAGGGGUACGUUAAGAGAUUUCCAUGUAAAUGUAUGUCAUUAAAAUAUGAUGUAUUCUAUAAUGAAAUAUUAAGGUGAUUUAUCAAUGUCCAAUAAUUGUAUUCAAGCAGAUGAGAAAUUUCUGCAGAUUGUGAGAUAUGAAACUAUCUCCCUCUUCUACAAUUUCUACUGCUUCUGCUUUUUCCUUUGAAAAUGUCUUUAUCGACUUAUCAUUCAGUGAUAAUAUUAACAAUAAAUCAUUUUC